GGUUUCCAUAGUAACGUUGUCAAACUUAGUUCUUUUGAAAACUGCUCAGACACCGCUCGCAAACAAGCUAGCUGUACCACUUUAAGAUAAUAUUGGCCCCAAUGUCUGACGAUGAUGUGUACCUGUCCCCCGAAGAGUUAGGGGAAGAUGCACCUGCUGGAGAAGGCGAAGAAGGGGACGAACACGAUAAGAUUCAAGUUUUCCCAUUGAACAAAGAGACCAUCAUUGAUGGGCUUUCAUUGCUCUGCCAGACAGGAAAAAGACUGGAACAUGCUUUUAUCAAACUGGAUCUUAAAGACAAAGCGUUAACUGACAUAGUUGCAAUCAGCAGUUAUAUUCACAUACGUUUUCUGGACUUAUCCAACAACUACAUCUCUGAUCUUUCUCCCUUGGCACCAAUGACCCAUUUGCUUUGGCUGAAGGUUGACACAAAUUCUGUGACAUCAUUAAAAGGGCAACCUUUAGCUGAGUUUACCUUCCUACAAUGGUUGAGUGUGGCAUCAAACCAACUAGUAGACAUAGAAGGCCUGGUUGGACGGUCCCUAGAGACGCUCAUACUUUCAGGUAAUAGUAUUCAGAAAAUAAGUGGUUUGCAGAGUGCCGAUUUUGCCAAUUUGGUUAUCCUAGAGCUGAGGGCAAACCAGCUGGAAACAACAAGUGGCUUUGACCUUCCAAACUUGCGGAAACUAUACCUGGCCCAAAACUUUAUCAAACGUCUUGAGGGUCUAGAGAAGCUAGAGCGCCUGAUAACCCUACAUCUUCGAGACAAUCAACUUGAAACUCUGGAAGGGCUCUGUUCUGAAAUGAAGAGUCUUCAGUACCUCAAUAUCAGAGGAAAUGCAAUCGCUGAAGGAGACGCCUUACGAAGCCUCCGCCUUCUGACAAAUUCCCUAAAAACUUUGGUUAUUGCGGAAAAUCCAAUAGUGGACACAUUAGUCUAUCGGCCAAGUAUACUAAUACUCCUGCCUCAGCUGGAGCGAAUUGACAAAGAGAUAAUCACCCUUAAAGAGAGAACAGAAGCUCGGAGGGCAAUCAGGGAACUUCAGGAAGAGGAAGAAGCACCUGUUUAAAAAGAUGAAUAGAAUGGGGAAGUGGUGCUUUUUUGAAAAGAGGAGCCUCUUGUGUAUAAGUCAGCAACUUUGAUUACAAAUGUGUUUGGAAAACAUGUCUCUUGCAUGAUUAAUGUUCUGAUUAACUAAGUUUGAUUUGUCAUACAUAGAAAUACAGCUAACUGUAACCGUUAUAUUUCUAGUUGUUUUCAAGAAAUGGAAAAUUGCAGAGUAACUGACAUUAAAAAAAAUGUGCUUUGACUGCGCGAUAAAAAGGAA